AUUGUAUAAAUCUUAAGCGGCCGCACACUGUCGACAACAUGGUGGCCUUUAGUCUGUUACGACUCUCCUCUCGGCAAGGAUGCCUUGUUCUUCGGCUAAACAAACCAGUUUCUACUGUACAAACAUUACUAAAAGCUCCAGUUGUCCGACAUAUGGGAGCUCAUAAACAUGUUAUCCCCUUACAACCAUCAAGAUUUGAGUGGCAUCGAUUCAGGAAUGAUUUCCAUUUCUAUGUCAUGCUCGGUGUCAUACCUCUUGGACUCCUCACCCUUUAUGUGAACCUCUUUAUUGGCAAUGCCGAACUUGCUGAUAUUCCUGAGGGUUAUGAACCGGAAGACUGGGAAUAUUCCAAGUCUCCCAUUUCGCAGUUCUUGUGCAGACAUCUUUAUGAUCCUAUGCAGAUGACAUAUGAAAAGAGAUUGCAUCAUCUACAAGAAAAGAAUGAGCGACGCAAACAAAAGCUUCUGGAGAGGGAAGUCCGUGAGGUGAUGGCAAGCAAACAGGAUUACAUGGGUUGGUAUUACGUUCCGGUAAGCAAAUCGUAUAUCGAUGAAGGCAAGAAGUUUACCAAAGACGUUGCAAGAGACUAUGGACUCGAAGAAUAGUCGGCAGUGGAAUUUUCUAGAAGACCAGACAUCAAAAGAAGUGUGUGCUUUUUUUUUUUUUUCUCCUUUUCAGAAAAUUGUUAGCAAUUAUAAUUUUUAUUAAAUAUAAAUAUCUUUAUCAAAA